AUGGCUGUAUUUCACAAAUCGAAUGCUAAUGUUGGUUGUAUUGAUAAUGCUAUCAGGUUCAUGAUAAAUUGGUUAAACUCAGCUGAUAUCAGGAAUGGGUUCUGGCUCAAAAGCAAACCAGCCCAAACAAGUCCUGGAACAGGUACCAAAAAGAAAUUCUCAAAUGCCAAAGAUCAGGUUCCAAAAAGAAAUUGGAAUUUAGAUGAGGCUUUGUGUUUGUAUCACAGGAUGUUGUGGUGUAGGUAUUGUCUUUCAGCUGUCUGGGGUGGUGCCAAAUUGGCAGAUGUUCUUGAACUUGUUGGGAUAGCCAAGUGGACAAGUACCACAAAAUCAGGUGGAAAACAUGUUGAAUUUGUGAGCAUUGAUAAGUGUAAGGAGGAGAAUGGGGGCCCUUACAAGGCAUCAAUACGGCUGAAUCAUGCUACGAGUCCUGAAGCUGAUGUUUUACUUGCUUAUGAGAUGAAUGGGGAGCCUCUAAAGAGAGAUCAUGGUUAUCCGCUGCGAGUGGUUGUUCCUGGUGUUAUAGGUGCACGUUCUGUCAAAUGGUUGGAUUCCAUUAACAUAAUUGCAGAAGAAUGUCAGGGCUUCUUUAUGCAAAAAGACUACAAAAUGUUUCCCCCAUCAGUGAAUUGGGAUAACAUCAAUUGGUCUACCAGGAGGCCACAAAUGGAUUUCCCUGUCCGGGUAUAUGCUUGAUGUUGCUGCAAAGAU